UUUACGCAGGUGAAAAUCACCCUAUGAAAAAUGAUGGCACAAGUAGCCAGCUCAUAAUUUCAGGUGCGAGGAUCGCCACACAAACUUUUUCACCGCAGCAGGGCCCUGUGCUUUUUCUGUUGUCUUACUCUCUACAGAAGAAUGCACGCUUUGCCGAUAUAUCUGCUUUUGCUUUCGAUCGUGCAUUCGUGUCUCGGAGCCUGUACAGUCACACCCAUUCAAAAUGAGCCCUUAGCAAUGAAGUCAUUUCGAUAUUUCUGUGAAUAUAUCCACAACGACAAAAUCAAAGGACCGACAAAAAUAAAGUAUGGACAAGGUUCCGUAUUUGAGGAUGUGGAUUCCUGUCAGAGGUGUCGAUGUAGUCAGCGAGGAUUGGAUUGCUGCGAGACUGGAUUGAAAGUAAAAAUAGCACCAAGGUCAAUUCCCGUAGAAUGUCACAUAGUUAAAGAAGGGUGUGAUCAAUAUUUAGUGUACAAAGGCGACAACAUCACAGAUUGUGCUACUGGUAGACCUGCUAAAAUAGUACGCCAAGAACAAAUUGCGCAAGACAAACGAAGUCAAUAUAUCGAAGAUAUGCUCUACAAAGAAGUAAUGCAAGAUAUGGAUGGAACAUCCGGAGCCAAUAGAGAAGUCGAAGGAAAUUUCAAGCAAUGGGUUCUUUUAGACUACUUUCUGAAUGACGCAUUUGUUGGCCGAAUUCCAUCUCCCAUUGUGGAUCAACAGAAGACUCCAGCAGAACUCUCCGGGUCUUCACCAAUGAAAGCAAACACAGCUGAUUCAACUAUCGGCUCGCUUACAAAAGGUUUUGUUGACAGUCUUGGAGGCCCGGAUGCUGCGCGCGCAACCAUAAUGGAGAGAAUUAAAAACUAUGACAUUGGUAGUCCACAUAACCAGGGACUGAAUGACAACCUUCCACUUCUUUACCUUCUAUCAACUUUGAUAAAUUAGAAAAUCCGGUGAAUACACAAAUUAAGCUCUCAAUUUGUUAUAUAUGUUUUCAGAAAGAAUUCAAAAAGUGUAUUGUAUAGUAAAAAGGCGUUCUCCAGUUUUCUUAACUGCGAGAGUUAAUCACAUAUUCGAGUACAUAUUCUGAAAUGGGCAAUAUCCCCAAGGAAUCACACAUACGUAUAUUAACUCUCUUAGCGUGUUUUUAUAACAUUCAAAAGGAGACUGCUUAUACGUAUCUGUGUUGUAAAAAUACCAUACUCAUGUAUUAUAGUCCUAUGUAAACAACUAUAAGGAA